ACUUGUCAAAACGUGUCAAACUUAAAAAGUGGGGUUAGAAAUCACAAUUUUUCUCACAGAAACACGCUUUUGACACUAGAAAAUCACAAAAUGAGUGACUGUGAUGAGCCAAACCUGAAGCGGGCCUCAAAUUUUGAUGUCACAGCGAAAAAAAUCCCCCCAGAUGGGGCCCCCCCACAACUCUUCAACGGCGUCGAAAUCUCCCAAUUGACCAAACGCCAAAUGAAGAAAUACCAAAAGUGCCUCAAAUGGCAACAAGUCAAGAAGGAAAAACGCGCCAAAGAACGCCUAAAAACCAAGGAAAAGCGCCUCCAAGCCAAACUAAACAACGUCGAUUUGGGGCCCAGUCGCAAGCAACUGAAACGCAUGAAAAUGAAAGACAGCCCGUGCAAAACCACCGUUUGCAUCGACUUGAGUUUCGACGACUUAAUGAUCGAUAAAGACAUGGCGAAAACCGUCAAACAAAUCCUGCGAAUUUACACUGAAAAUAGACGCGCGCGCGCCCCCAUGCAACUCUAUCUGACCAGUUUCGACGGCCGGAGCAAAACCGAGAUGGAAAAACACCACGGUUUUGAGAACUGGGACAUCAAUUUUUGCCCCGAGGACUAUUUAGACAUUUUCCCCAAGGAAAAACUCGUUUAUUUGAGCAGCGAAAGCGACAGAGUCGUCACUGAGCUGCAACAAGACAAGGUCUACAUCAUAGGGGGGCUAGUAGACCACAAUUUCCACAAGGGGCUGUGUUACAAGAAGGCCCUGGAACAGGGCAUAGAUCAUGGGCAGUUGCCCAUAAGCGAGUACUUCUGGCUCAACCACAGAAAAGUCUUGACAAUUAAUCAAGUUUUCGAAAUAUUGCUGCGUGUUAGCGAGGGUAAAACGUUCAAAGAGGCGUUCGAAUUGAUUUUGCCGAAGCGAAUCGAGAAAAUUUCAGCGAUUCAGGACUCGGAUGAGGAGGAAGAAGAGGAAAAAAAUGCCACGACUUGUGAUAAUAAAUGAUAAAAGCUUGACUGUGUUUUAAUAUUUGGAAUGGGAUUAUUUAUUAAAAUAUUUGUUCUUCGUUGAAACAUUUCAAUUACGGCCGGAAUGCUAUUGUUUAAUAAAACACACAAGG